ACGCAUUUGAAAUAGAAAAUGAUCGCCACUACUGACGAAGUGCAUUCGAGAAAGGCGAUUUGAUUGGAAAUAAAGCAAAAUUUUGCCUGUAUAUAUAACCAAAAUUUUGGAGAAAAUUGCGAAAAAUGAAGGAUUGUCCGAUUAUGCGAUUGAAUUGAAUCCCGGUUCAAAUCAUGGUGAUAAUUUUUUGGGUGAAUUGAUUGCAAUUUCACUUUCUGGAACUAAAUUUGAAAAUGGCUUGGCCCAGAAAUGUGAAAUGAAAUUACUUUGCAAACGGCCACCAACGAAUAAAACGCGCCUGGAACAUUUUAAAUCAAAUAUUGUGUUUGAACGUGAAAUUUACAUAUAUUCAAAAUUGUUGCCGGCUUUCGUUCGAUUUCAGCAAGAGAAGGGACUGUGUGAUUUGCAAUGAAGGAUCAAAGACCAAACGAAUUUAAAGAAUUUGAACAGUUGAAGGUCACCUUCGGCGAAUUUUUAAUACACGGAAAAAUUAAACUAUUUUUGGAUGAAUCAUGUUCGAGAGCUGCAGAUGUACUAACGAAUUCAGAGCACAAAAAACUCAUGCAAAAUUUCUGUAAUACUUUUGUCGACGCGCAUGAUAAUUGUGUAUUUGACAAAGAAUUUGCUGUAAUAACACAUGGAGAUUUAUGGUGUAACAAUCUUCUCUUCCGAUACGAUGAUUUAAAUUAUUCAUAUCAUAGCUGGUUCCAAGGAUAUUAACAGUGUGGAUGAUUGGAGCUAAAAACUUGAUAAUGGUGACACUUUUAAAUGCAUUCGAUGAGAAAACAAACAACAUAUACAGAGCGAGAAUAAAUGGCUUAGUCGAGGACUGCACCAAAGAAUGAGAACAUGCAUGCAACGCCCUCAUAAAAUUUCAUAAUUCCUUUGUGAUGUUUUGGUAGCAUUGUUUAUAAUUUCAAUGCAAUCUUGGAAUUUGAGAUCAAAUAAUUGUCAAUUUUGCAAAUAUACAAUGAUACUUUUUUCAUUGAAUAAUAAAAAUGAUUCAGCAGUGAUUAGACUGGUGCUAACGCAAUUUUGUGUAU